AUGUUGGAUUCAGUAUAUGAAGGCAGUGAAGAUAUACUGGAAGAGAGUGAAGAGGAUGCAAGAGCAGGUCUAUACAUGGACAUGAACAGUAGCACAGAGUACGAAGAUUGGGCCAAUGGAGACGAUGGGCAUUUAGGGCAGGACAUGUACAGGUUUGUACAGCCUAGAAGAUUAUCUUCAUGGGUACAAGAUGAUGCAGUAUUUGCCUGUUUCAAGUGUCACACGGCGUUCUCGCUCCUGGUUCGUAAACAUCAUUGUCGUGCCUGUGGACGCAUCUUUUGCUCGGUCUGUUCAAGUCAACGUGUGGUGAUUCCUGGAGAUUACGAGGUGACACCAGUAUCGCCGGCUUAUAAUUCAUUGACGACAAAUGCUAGUGAUUUGAUUGGUAAUAUCAGCUGGUAUUUGACGUCGUAUUCGAGUCCAAACGCAGCGGCGGGGAUGAAUAUGAGUCGCAGCAGGACAAUUAGACACUCGCAAUCGUUUAUGAAUACGGUGUCGCUGAGAUCGACGCCUGAAGAACAACAGGAAAAGUUUUUGAAGGAUGUCCAGAGGCUGCAAGAAAAUAACGUGAUCAGUAAAUUUACGCCGAAUCGGACUAGAUCUGGGAGUGCAUCGUCAUCUCUGACGAGUAUUGGGGCAUCAAAUGCGACAAGCUCGCACAGAUCGAUGGACGUCCAGGAUAGCAGUGUCAUGCAACGCGUUUGUGACGACUGCGCGUGUGCACUGCAACAGCGACGACACCACUACAUCACAGUCAAGGUGUUUGAAUUGUGCGAGUUUGAUCUGCAGGAAUUACGGACUUUAGGCCAAGUGUGUCGGAAAUGGCACCGCGCAACUAUCAUGUGUUUGUCCAUGUUCCGCCAGAUACAGUACUAUUUGCCAACGCAUCGCUUGUCUGAGAGAGAGAAAAAAAUGUUGAUCAUUAACCGUUCGUUCCUUGCUGGUCACACAAAGUGGCUAUUGCAGCUCGUGAAAGCUGUUGACUUCUCGGGCGAGAAUGAGACAGAGCACCAUGUUACAGACCUGACUGAGAGUGACAUUGAUAGUCCUAUCAGUGCUCGACAAAGGCACGAAACAAACAUGCAGUUGGUGGACGAAGUGAUGGAAUUGUUACGUCAGGAGCGUAAGCAUACAUGUAUGCUGACGAUGUGCUCGCGUCUGUGCAAGCCACACAUUGGUAGUGUCGACGCAUUGGAAAUUCUUGCGGACGAGACCAUUUGCAACCAUCGACUGCGCGCGAUGGCGAUUAAGGCAUUGCUGAAGACUGCUACCGAGAAUGAAUGGUGGAGUUACUUGCAGGUGCUUCUGCACAGCCUCAGUGUAGAGUCGAACGCUGCUGGCAGCAAGCUAGGGCAGGCACUGAUCCGUCAAGCUCAGUGUGAUAUUCGCUUCUGCUACGAUUUAUACUGGGGACUUACGAUCAUGGCAGAAGAUUCAAGUUGUCGCCGCAAGUUUGAUGGCAUGAAGCAGCGGCUACUUCUCACGCUGGUGCAGUUCAAGGACAAGUCGUCAACUGGCCGCCUGGUAGAGUUACGGAAGUUUGCCAGUGAUGACAUUGCGGAGCAGCUGCUUCGGGGUCAGGAACUGGUGGACUUACUGUGGAAGAUCCCACCACGCAUUCCUGUCGAGGAUGCGCGUCAAAUCUUGCAAGCAUCGAUCGAGAAAUCAUCCCUGCCAACGUCGACCGAUGACAAAAAGCUUAGCGACUCCAGUCAAGCAAGAAGGGAUGGAGGGCAAUUAUGGCCACUCUUACGACUGCCUGUCGAUCCGCAGGUCAAGGUUUGCGGCAUUGACUACAAAAAGAUCGAGAUAAAACGAAGUGCAGAGGCACCCAUGAUCAUCACGUGCACGGACGUCAAUCGCGAGGAAGAGGAGGCUGAGUACUUUGCGGAUGCUAAUGCCGAAUCUCAGCGGAAUACAUGGAGUUGUCGUACUCAGAAGCUGCCUCACUAUCGCCUUAUGUACAAGCGGGAUGAUCUUCGAAAAGACUCGAUUGUUCAGAACAUCAUCAACGUCAUGUACUUGAUUUUAAAGCAGGAGACACGACUGGAUAUUCCGCUAGUGACGUAUCGUGUGCUUCCGACGAGCAGUUUUGACGGGCUCAUUGAGAUCGUCGAGAAUGCGCACACGCUGUAUUCCAUUAUUCGAGAUCACGGUACAAUCAUGAAUUUCUUGCACCAUUAUAAUGGCCAUCGCACACUCAGCGACAUCUCUUCCUCUUUCAGGGAGAGCCUUGCCGCAUACACUGUAAUCACUUUCUUGUUGGGUGUGGGUGACCGCCACGCAGACAAUGUCAUGCUCACAAAAGACGGCAUCUUAUUCCACAUCGACUACGGUUUUAUACUGGGGAAGGACCCCAAGCCGCUGCAGCCGCCGAUGAGAUUGGACCACUACAUGAUUGAGGCUCUUGGAGGCACGCAGACACAGCAAUUUGAGCAGUUCAAGCAGCUGUGUGUCGUUGCGUUCAACUGUUUGAGGCGGCACGUGAGUUUGUUUAUGAUCAUGCUCACGUUGGUAGUGAAGGCACUUCCGGAGAUAACGGACUUUGGAGUGAACUACACCCAGAGUGACCUCGAGGCCUUUGUAAUCGAACGAUUUCUUCCAGGUCAAUCGGACGAUGAGGCAGCGACAGCGCUGAUGUUGCGGAUGGAAGGCAAGCUGAACGAACGAAUCGGCUUGAAGCUUAGUGACUUUGUGCAUGCCCAUUCGAAUGAGAAGACGGUGUCGAAAGGUAUGACAUCUGUUGGCUCGUCCGUCAAGAUUGGCGUCGAAGCUGUCGAAGCAACAGUUUCCACCGUCGCGAGCUCACUCACCAGUGGUGCUUCGUCUAUUUAUAAGUACGUGUGGGGUGGGCCGGAGCGAUAA